AUGGCUACGGCUAUUUCGCCAUUUGCGUCCACGAAAGAAACUACCAACUAUGCAAGGCUAUGCCGCCUCCUGGUGGAUGUUGGAUCUCAGGUGCUUCGGUCCACUUUUGACAAAAUACAUCCACCAGUGACUCUACAUACAGUUUUGGGAAGUACCUCAGUGCAUUACGCCACAUUGCACUCACUGUACAGAGGGAGGAAGAAAGUGCUGAAUCCCACGCAAUGGGGAAAGUUGUACCCCACUCACGCACCCGUGUCUUCUGCAGCCUUCGAUAUCACACUUCUAACGGUGCUUCUUAGAAAUAUCUGUGGUUUGGGCUCUCCUGCCAAUGGAUGGGAUCGUCUUCCCCUAGCUGCAAACAUAGGCAUCGCAGAUGACAUCGCCAGAGUUAAAUAUUACAGGAACACUGUAUACGGCCAUGCUUCUCAAGCCUCUGUGGAUGACAGAAGUUUCAGUGCUUACUGGCAGGAGAUACGAGAAGCUUUGGUGAGACUGGGAGGAACUCAUUUUAGAGCUGAAAUCGAUAAUCUUGAGCACGACUGCAUGGAUCCAGAUAUCGAGGAGCAUUAUCGUGAACUGAUGAAACAAUGGAAGAAAGACGACGACAGCAUCAAAGACAAGCUUGAAGAAAUUGAAGGUACGAAAAACAUUGUCCAAUGCCAAUGUGAAUGAAUCAGAAGGCUACAAAAGUAGAUAUUCUAGUUAACACGGCGGUGUAGGCUGGUUCAUUAUGUUUUCAUUUUGGUCGGAUCUACUCUCAUAUUUGGAAGGUUACUAGCGUUAUGUGUGGAAAAUGAUGAAAUUACCCAAAUGUUGACAUUUGGCUACUCGUGUACAACUUCUGGAGUGCAAUUCUGUGAUUCCUGGGCGUCUAAUUAAGUUUUUCUAUUCUUAAUAGACUAGAUAUUGAUAUACGAAUCAUUGUUUUACCUGCACCUAAACGUGAGGCUGUGAUAUAAAUAUGCUCGUGAAACUGCGCAUACCUUUCGAAAUUUUCAGGUUCGCUGGAAAACAUGAGAAGCAUUAUGGAGAGAAACUUCAGAGACACAACUGACAAGAUAGAGAUUGAAAUGAAGGAGGUGAAAGAAAAACUUAGUAGUCUGACGGACUCAGUUGAAAAUCGCACACAAGAAGGUUAGUUGGUAGAAAGAGAUAUCACAGAAAAAAAUUAUUAAGAGCGACACAGCUCUUGUGCAUGGCGGCAGUAAUAGCUGGAUGUCGGCCAACACGGCAUAUGAUUCGCUCCUGUGAUUGAAGGGCUACUUUAUGUUGAAGAUUUCACCACUAACUGAUUUUUGCGUACAUGACCGUACACGGAAUUUAUUUGCACUUGUAGUAGUAUAGUCAACUGAAAAAUUAAAUUAAUAUGACAAAGAAGGUUAUUACACAUGUCGAUUUCGGUUGAAACGACGGGAAAAAUAUUAUACUUACAAUUUGUGUUCCAUAUGCGGCUAGUAAGCUUCGAAGUGCGAUCUGUGGUGACACUUUUGAAAUGUAAGUUGCGUAACGAACUUCUAGGUUUUUAAAUAAUUAGUCACCUGAUCUAUUUUUGCCGCGUUGCGCUAAGAUAAUUAAAUAUUCACAAAAAAUGACAAACGGCUUGAGAAAUGCAAAUCAGCAUAUUUUAGUACUUUAGUGAUCUAAGAGCAUACCCUGGCCACCACUCACACUGGCCAUACAUGAAGAUACUAUGUAAUCUGUGGAAUGCUACGGAAAGUGAGAUAUUCUGCCCUGGCUAUCUCUCGGAUUUGAUGGUGUUUUGGCAGCACUCAUACAUAUGUAUGAUCGUGGGCGAGAUAGGUUAUCGUCUUUUUUUUCGUAUUACCUUUCUCAUUAUGAUCCUAACUUCCUAAUAGGGUUAGAUGUGACCCGCAUACUUCUCAAAAAAUUACAAAAUCCGUCCUCUCGUCAUAUUGUGGAGUAUUCAAUUCUACAUGGAAAAAUAUCCGUAUUAGGCGUAUCAAGAAAAGUGGCUCAACAUUGUUAAGAUCCUAAAUGGCCAUGUUUUAACAAAGGCGCAACAGCUUCGUAACACAUUAGGGAUUUGUCGAAGUUUCCGAUUAGCAUACGAGCGGGAAAUUUAAACGCUCGGAAAGACUGGAGGAAAAACAAAUUCUCCCUGGAGAGGGUGAUACUGGUAGGAUUCGUUCGGUGUAAAUAACGAUGAUGCGGGGGACGGGUAGGGGCGACGGUUGCAUAAAGGUGAACAAUAUUAAAGUAUAGAAGGCGGUUGCUUACAACUAUGAUAUCGCCACUGUUUGCUUUUAUCUUGCUUUAAACUGGCCAAAGAUGUAUCUAACUAUUUAUCCAGAGACGCACUAUGCUAGGCACUGACGAUGAGAGCAUGCAUUCAGCCAAGGAAGCGAGGCGUUCGCCAUGCAGUCAUAAACUACGAGCUGUCCCUCUCUACUCUUUCCGGUCAUGAUUUUCCAAGCAGACAGCGAAAAGAACUUUUGAGAGGAGAGAAUAGCAGCGAGAAAGUUGGAGGGGGAAACAUUCACUUUCUCGCUCGACGAACUAUCGAAUCACGACUUCGCUGCUCUCAGAUUUAUUUUCCAUAUUAUGAGAGCAGUUCAAAUCUCGCGCGCGCUACGCAAGUCAGACUUGAUUCUUUGUGUGCAUAAUAAGUAAUAGUAAUAGGACUGAGUCGAGUCCAAUUUGGUCUGUAACCAUACGAGAAAUAACAAAAUCGGACGACCGCGUAGCGGAAGUCCGAUUUGUUUAUCGCGAGUAUGAUAGGCAAACUGUCCGAUAAAAAAUUUUGCGAUUUGGCAAAAAAAGUACACAGAGAGAGGUUGAAAAUACAUCAACCACGUCAAAAGUACGCGAAUCUUUGAAAAUCGCAAAAAGGUUAAUUUUGAAACUCCCGCGAAAAUAGGAAACCAUUAGGUACGAGCAGUCAUUCGUGCGACAAGAACACUGGAGAGCGGAACUGCGUGAAAAUCUUGAAGUGGCCACUUUCCGACCACCAUUGGUUUUUACUUUUUUCGCUCGACGGACGACUGAAUUGCGAAUCCGCAGCUCUCAGGUUAUUUAUCUACCAAAGAAAAGAAGCAUUCAAAUAUCGCGCGUGCUAAAAAAUUCUUAGUUCGCGUCUUGAGUAAAAUGAGUUAGAAAAGGAUGCAUGUGGUUAUUUUAAAUUUCCUGAGGAAAAGACUCUGGGCAAAACCUCCCACUUCAUCGCAGGCGAGCCUCCGGUUUUCUGCAGCAUUUUAGAUGAAACCUCGUGACAGAAAGGCGUUGUUUGGUUUUCAUUUAUUAGUUCGUAGUCUCGCUCUAUCCCGAAAAAGCCUUGCUCAGAGUACGGCUCUGAUAUGAAUAUUUAUCUCUCGAGUAAUUUAUUUUACGAUAGAGUUUCGCUGUCAGACACCGCUCAAGCCGAACAAACAGAGUAGGUUCAACUGAAUUCAUGAUCUAAAUGGCUUUUAAUCAGUAAGCUUGAAUCAUACACUAAAACCUCUUUGCAUCGUAGUAAUUUCUUUGGCAACGGUAUCGUAUUCAUUCGCAUAUUUAAAUUCAGUGCCGAAUACCAGAGAGGGACCACAAUUUUCAAAGCUGCAUUCAUUAGAUUUCUUACUUCUUUUGCUACUGCUAGGUGUUUUUGAUCCAACUGAGCUUAUCAAUGGAAUUCGCCAGCUGUACAAGACUCGCGAGGGAUGGCUCUCACCAUUUCCAUGGUGUGAAGAGUUUCAGUUUUUUCUUGGCAAUAUUUUUACAAGGCUCAAAGUGGUCAGAAGAAAGAAAACGAGAGGAGAAAUCACUGACGUAUUUGUUGACAUGUCGUCAAUACUAGACCCGUAUGAAGAGUGUUCAGCGCCGAGAACAGUGUUGAUUGAAGGAGAACCUGGUAUGGGGAAAACCACCUAUUGUAAAAAGUACGCUUACGACUGGGCCACAAAACAGCAAGAACCUCAGGGCUGCGGCUCAACAGCAUUUAAAGUGGUAUUGUUUCUGAAAUGUCGAGAUAUCCAUUCUGACGUUUGGGAAGCUAUUGAUGAUCAGCUUCUGCCCCGAGACAUCGAUGAAGAAGUCAAACAACAAUUCUUUCAGUUUAUUCGUGAAAAUCAGUCCAGCAUUUUAUUGAUAUUGGAUGGAUUGGAUGAGUUACCGUCCAGUAAAUUGUCGAUGUUUUCCGAAUUAAUUGAAGGAAGAGUACUCCCCAAAUGCCACAUAGCUGCAACAGCAAGACACGAAACUGGAAAAGAGUUGAGAAAAUGUUGUGAUGCGCUGCUUCAGAUCGAAGGAUUCACUGAAAACCAUGUGAAAGGAUUUGUUACCAAGUACUUUAAAGAAAGGACGGAUUUAGCCACCAAGCUCUCGCAACGGAUGUCGCGAGAUAAAAACCUUAGAGAAAUAGCGGCCAAUCCUCUAAACACAGUACUUCUUUGCCUUUUAUGCGAAGAGUUUGAGGGCACACUCCCCGAAAGCAGAGCUCAACUGUACUUGGAUAUGGUUGAAUGUGUUUUGAGAAGAUAUAGAAAAAGGAAGGGACUACUAGAAACGAUCGAAGACUUGACAAACCAUUACAAACCGCAAUUGAAUCACCUUGGAAAGGUAGCGUUGAAUGGUUUACUUGACGAUAAGCUGGGUUUUAAUGAAAGUGAAGUGAGAAACCAUGCAAAAGACCUGACUGAAUUUGGAUUUCUGUCAGUGCAGCCCGGUGGCAGCAAACUGGGACAAACACUGCAUUAUGCCUUCUUACAUAAAAGUUUUCAAGAAUUCUUUGCAGCACUCUUCAUUUGUUCUCAGAUUCAAAGCAAGGAAAUGAAACCUGAAGAACUAGUUUCCGAUCCAAGGUAUUUCGUUGAACUUAAACAAAUACUUUUGUUUUCAUGUGGAAUUUUGGCCAUGAAAUGCGAUGAACAAGUUGUGGCUCUUCUAAAGAGUUUAACAAAUGAAGUCAACAAAAAUAAAGGCCGUGGUGCCAAAAUUGUAUUGGAGGCCAUCAACGAAUGUAAAAGAGAAAAAAGCGAUUUUCACUCGCAUUUAUCGAAGUCGUUUGGAACUGGUUUGAAUCUAACCAAAUUGAAUUUGUCUGGGAAUCGUAUUAGUGAUGCGGGUGCUACAUGUAUUGCUGAGGCAAUCAAAGUGAACAAGACGCUAACCAAUUUGUAUUUGUGUGGGAAAGGUAUUAGUGAUGCGGGUGCUACAUGUAUUGCUGAGGCAAUGAAAGUGAACAAGACGCUAACCAUUUUGGAUUUGUCUUGGAAUCGUAUUAGUGAUGCGGGUGCUACAUGUAUUGCUGAGGCAAUCAAAGUGAACAAGACGCUAACCAAUUUGUAUUUGUGUAGGAAUGGUAUUAGUGAUGCGGGUGCUACAUGUAUUGCUGAGGCAAUCAAAGUGAACAAGACGCUAACCAAUUUGGAUUUGGGUAGGAAUGGUAUUAGUGCUGCGGGUGCUACAUGUAUUGCUGAGGCAAUCAAAGUGAACAAGAGGCUAACCAAUUUGGAUUUGCGAAACAAUGAUAUUAGUGAUGCGGGUGCUACAUGUAUUGCUGAGGCAAUCAAAGUGAACAAGACGCUAACCAAUUUGGAUUUGUCUUGGAAUCGUAUUAGUGAUGCGGGUGCUACAUGUAUUGCUGAAGCAAUCAAAGUGAACAAGACGCUAACCAUUUUUGAUUUGUUUUAA